AUGAAGAAAAAAUGUGAUCAUGGCGUUCCAUCCUGUGGGCGAUGUUUGAAGAAGGGAGCUGUCUGUGGGGGUUACCGCGACAAACUUGAUCUUACCUUUCGUGACCAAACUAGGCAGACCAUUCACAAGUCUAACCAAGCCAAACACAAAGUGAAGAGCCCUAUGGUCGCUACCCAAUUGGUCGGCAACCCCAUGGAGGCUAAAUCUCCUAGUCAGCUUGAUGAGAGUAAAGGAUUAAUCACACCUGCACUCUCCGUUCCCACUACAGAUCAGGCUGUAAGCUUCUUUUUCUUCAAUUUCGUGCUGACAGAUCCCAUUUCGGGUGGUGGGCAUCUCGAGUACCUUCCAGUCAUAUAUGACGAUAAUGCUCGCGACCUGGCGCUGCCUACUGCCAUCGUUGCUAUCGGCAUGGCAGGUAUUGCGAAUUUGCGAAGAAAUCGAGAUCUAUUGCUGGCGGCAAAUGCACAAUACGUUCUCGCUAUUCAGCUCACUCAAGCGGCCUUGAUGGAUGAAACUUUACGUAUCCAAGAUCAGACUCUUGUGAGCAUCUUACUUCUUGCUUUGUACGAGACAAUAGCGUGUUGCUCGCCACAAUCACUGCAUAUCUGGUCGAACCAUGUCACAGGGGCAACAGCGCUUAUUUCUCAGUUCGCCCAGCAACGACUAAUGGAUGCUGUUGGAACACGCAUCUUUUCACACCUUCGCUCACACGCGAUAAUCCAGGCUCUUCAACGAUCCCAGCACAUUCCUGACGAGAUUCAGCGAUGGUCUACUAAGACACUAAACUUGCAAAGCACCAACCAGGCUUUCGAGGAUCAACUUCACCAUUUAGCCAUAGAUCUAUGCUCUCUGCGAGCUUCUGUUGACAAUGGAAUACUUAUAGAUAGGCCUACAGUCAUCUCCAGGGCUUCGGCUCUGGAUAACAAAUUAGCAGACUGGUCAAGGAGAUUAUUCAUUACGUAUGGGAUUGCAAUUGACCAUAGUCUUGCAGCGAGAGACACACCAAACCCAGCACGCGUCAAUUCUUAUUCCGAUGUGCACGUAUCAAACGCGAUCAACUGCCACACCCUCCGCAUCCUUACCAAUGAACUCAUUCUAAACACGCUCGAUCAGGCGAAAGGAGAAAUCAAUGUGGACUAUCAACGCUUGCGCUCACAGCAUGCCAUUAACACCCUCAUAGCUGAGGUCUGCGCUAGUGUUCUUUCGUUCACGGACAGAGAGCGGCAGCAGGCGGGUUUUAUUGCCAGGGGCGGCUUCUUAUUGUGGCCAUUAUACGUGGUCUCGGCAGUUCCAUGGGCCUCGAGGCUCUACCGUGAUUGGGCUAUUGCACAGCUGAAGGAAUUGGGGGUUGAGACGGGCAUCUUACAAGCAGCUUUACUAGCCCGUGUACUGCAGAUAAACGGCGAGAUUGACUUUUUGGAUAAAGAUACCAAUAGCGAAAGAGAUAUUUAG